AUGACAUACAACGAUCUUGGAGCAGACUACACACGAUACUUCAGUCCCUUUUCCGACAAUAAACAGAGUUCCUUGCCCGAGAUGCAAGAAAGCACACCCAACGCCAGCACACGUACCCUUGGGAUUACCACACCGCUUGCUACGAUACACCCCACAAACCCUUUCUUGACACCAAACGCCUCCACGACAAGAGUCAACAGUCUUUACGACCCUGAGAAGAAUGUUUCCGUCAUUGACGAUCGGCUGAUCGCCCCGUAUGAGGAGAAGGGCAUGGCAGCUUGGCCACUCAUCGGAGACAAAGAUGAAAGCGACGAUGAGAUGCAUAUGCCACGAGAGGAUGAUGACAUCAAGUACAAAGCAAAGCUGAGCGACCAUUUCAACAGGGACAGUAUCGCCUCUACCAUAGGCCUGGCGAUCAUGAUAGUCGGGCUUCUCUUCAUCUUCAUUGCGCUCCCUGUCAUGUCUUUCACUGGCGCAAUCGAGUACAACUCUUCGUGGGGCAAGCCAUUCUGGGCGGCAAACAUCUACAAAGCCGAGGCAUGGGCUCACGUAAACGAUGUGAAAUAUCCAUUCAUUCAAAACAUCCGCACUGGCCUAAUCGACCCGGACACACCAAAGUCUGCAAUGAAGAGGAAAGGUGAGUAUGGCGAUGAGUACGAGCUCGUUUUCAGCGAUGAGUUCAAUGUUGAAAAUCGUACAUUCUACGAAGGGGACGACCCAUACUUCUAUGCUGGCAACUUCUGGUAUGGAGCAACGCAGGAUCUCGAGUGGUACGACCCUGAUGCAAUCACUACACGCGAUGGCACCUUGGAGAUCCGCUUGGAAAGAACUCCUAAUCAUAAUCUGAGAUUCCGUUCGGGCAUGCUCAAUAGUUGGAACCACUUGUGCUUCAAGGGCGGCAUCUUCGAGGUGUCUGUAUCUCUUCCAGGACCUCCUGGUGUUCACGGACUGUGGCCUGGCGCGUGGACUAUGGGCAAUUUGGGUCGACCAGGCUACUUGAGCACUACCGAAGGUUUGUGGCCGUACACUUAUCAGGCAUGCGACGUUGGCAUCACGCCGAAUCAAUCGAGCUACGAUGGACUUUCGAGUUGCCCGGGACAGCGCCUGCCAUCUUGUAAAGGCAGAGGCGCACCUGAGAUCGACAUCAUCGAGGUCGGCGCCUCCUGGGACGCGAAUCAUCUGCCAGUUGCGACACAGAGUUACCAAGUCGCUCCGUUUGACCUUUGGUGGUUCCCCAACUACAACUAUACGGUCUAUCCUGAUUAUACCCUCAGCUAUCCAAACAGCUAUACAGGUGGCCCCUUCCAGCAAGCCCUGUCUGGUACCAGCAAUCUGAACAAACAAUGGUUCGACGGUAUCCAAUACCAGCGAUACUCGUUUGAGUAUGUGCCUGGAGAAGGCGAAAAAGCGUACAUCAACUGGAAAGUGGGCGACCUGACGAUGUGGACGCUAGACGGUCGAGCCAUUGGACCUAAUGGCAACAUCGCAGCUCGUCAGAUAUCAGAAGAGCCAAUGUCGAUGGUCCUGAACUUGGGUACAAGCCACGCAUGGGCAGCUUUCGAUGACGCCGCUCUGCAUGAUGAGUACAUCAUGCGCGUCGAUUACGUGCGCUGGUAUCAGAAGAAAGGACAUUCGAUGGUUACAUGCGAUCCGCCUGGGUUCGAGACGACCAAAGAAUAUGGCAAGGAGAAUAAGGCAGGAAAAGUCCUCAGUCGGCACGAUGAGCUUUACUUCUGGCGUCAGGUGGCCAAACAACAUGUCCGCAAGCUCGUCACUGCCGCCCUAUCUACCGAAGAGUGCCCGAUCCCUCACUGGGACGACGUCUCCCGCAUCGUCUCAGACACCCACGCCCUGCUCAGCAAAGUAGCAAAUCAACUCCCACUUGCCAAAGACCGCAUCUUGCAGGGUUACAGCACUAUCAUAAACCGGGGUCCCGCCCACACGGCCUGUGAAGAGGAAGAGCAGUUUGAGCAGCGCUUUGUGAUGUUGCAGAACGUUACGAUGAAGAUUCAGUCGCUGAGGGCGGAUAUUAUGGUGUUGGAGAGGGAAGUGGUGAGGGCGAGAAGGGAAGGAGAGGGGCCCGACGAUGGGGCCCGACAGGAGUUUGGGAAUUGA